AUGAUCCCACUGCAUUCUGCCUUAACUCUCCUGGCCCUUCCAGCCCUCGCUGCAGCCGGCAAUGUCUGCCUCGGAGUCUUUGCUGUCGCUGGUCUCGGUGACGCCCCUCCUGACAUCUACUACGUUGCCUUCGCCGCAGGAUCUCCCUGUGACGAGAGUCGAUCAGCCAUGUUGACCGAUACUCUCAAUGAGAACUGGUGCUCAAUUUCCAACCGCGCCCCGCAGUUCGACAUGUGCGGCGGCACCGCUACCAUCUUCAAUGCUGGAGAGCCCAUUGGUGAUGAUGCGGACUUCAAUGACUGCGGUGCCAAGUUGAGCAUCAACGGAGAAGAGUUUGAUGGAGAGGUUCUUGAUGAUCUGGCGGAGGAUAACCCUUGCAGUGCUACUUGCAACAACGGUAUUGCUUUUGGUAAUAUUGGUGGCCUGAGACAUUACGUUGAUGUACCCAUGUGCGACUAG